GCAGUUCAUCAUGGUGGAAUCACGGCCCUGCAAGGUGCUGCCAUAUCUGGCGACGUCAUGCUGGCCAAAUUACUUCUCGAAAAAGGGGCCGAAGUCAAUGCAGCGCCUUCCUUGAUUGAAGGCCGAUAUGCAAUCGAAGGAGCUGCUGAGCAUGGCCGCUUAGACAUGGUCCAAUUGCUUCUGAAUGCUGGAGCAAAAGGUAAUGUCCUUCGUGGAACGGGCUUUGAAGACGCCAUUAAGCUCGCGGAGGAGAACAAUCAUUUUGCAGUUGUAAAUCUCUUG